AUGCAGAUCCUCGUGCCGCAGGCAAGCCCUGAGUGCAGUUGUGCGCUGGAAGACUGUGAGUCAUGCCACGGACGGAAAGUUAUUGGCCUGUUGCUGGGUCAACUUCAGGCUGUGCAGGCGAGCCGGCAAGCGGCGACGUCCCAGGCGGAUGGGUGGUCUUGGGCAGGUGAGAAGCUUGAAGCCUGGGAGCAGAGCCCGAAAGGUGAUGAGACCUUGAUCGGCCCUGACGGAGCUGUCUACGAUGUCUUUUAUCCCGGCAUUUCCUGCCCGGACGAGAAGGAAGAGACGUCGACCACUUGCAGCGAUUCCGGAGGCAGCCCAGGCCCACUGCCCCGAGCCCGCUCCGCAGAGUCGAGCAUUGCAGGUGUCGUGGACUUCAUUCGAAGUGCGGCCGUCGCACGCUACCCUGCCAGAGAAAAGCUGUAUGACGUGGUGCACAGGGCUGCCCAGACAGCGCUGGGGAGCCAUUUCCAGAGGCUGGCGCUAAUUGGCAGCACAGCGCUACGAAUUGACACCCCCGAUUCGGAUCUGGACGUCGUGGUCUAUACAUGCAGAGGAACAGAACCGCCUGCUGCAGCUGAAAGCUUUGGCUCGGACACAAAGACUGGCUCCGUAACAUCGUAUCAGCCCCGCCAUGGCUUUUCGCCUGACCUACCGCCGUCAGUGCCGCUACAACACGAAGUCGAACAAGCAGCGAGUCGUGAAGACGCCAGGAAGGCAGCCAAGGGCCCGCACUGCGGUGACUGUGGCAAGGCAUUGAUCGGCCUCCCACGUUUGCGCCCCAUCGAGUACUCCCGCUUGAAGAAGCGUGAGAAGCACGUCAACAGAGCUUAUGGGGGAUCCCGCUGCGCGCACUGUGUCCGCGAACGCAUCGUGCGAGCCUUCCUCAUUGAGGAGCAGAAGUGCGUGAAGCAGGUCCUUGCAGAGAAGCUGUCCCAGGCAAAAGAAAAGGAAGGUGGCAGCAGCUACUAUGAAGAUGGCACGGAGGUUCCAGCACCGGACCCCAUCGAAGCCCUUUAUCGGGUGACGGCGGCCCUAGGGAUGGAAGACCCAGCUCUGAAACUGCAGCUCGUGGACUGUGCUCGAGUGCCUGUCCUCACAGUGCUGUCUGCAGAUGGGCGCCUCUCCCUGGAUCUUACCGUCGAUCAACCACUUGGCGAAUGGCAUGUGCUGUGGUUCAAGAGCCUGUGGCAGUGGGACCCCUGCGCAUCGGAUGCUUCCGUCAAGAAGCUUCCGCCUCCUCUUCAGGACGGCGAGCUCGACGGCUGGAGCAGCGGCCUGGAGGCAACGGCGCUGCGAUGCAUCAAAUGGUGGUUGCGUCGCCGAAACAUCCCCGUACCAAAGGAAGGCGGUUAUCCCACAGUGGUUUGGACACUGAUGGUGCUUCAUGUACUUCGGUGUACCUUGUUUGUGAAUGGAGACUCCAAGCAGGAACGGUGUGGACGCACACUUCUGAGCGCGCUCGCCGCCUUCUUUGAUCGCUUUGCCACCCCCGGCGCCAGCUCGGGGACGUUGUCCUUCUGCAUGGGGCCUGAUGGCAUGAGCACAGCAUUUGAGCCGAUCCCAGCCUACGAGGAUACAUUUCAAUGUGCAUCAGAUGAGACUUACGGGGGCCUUUCCGUCCUGGACCCAACAACAACCUGUGAGACAUCCGUGGCUUUCGGGGUUGUGCCCAGCGAGCUGGCCCCACAGCUGCCGGCAGCAACACGCCUGCUGCAGGCUUACGAGCUGCAGCGCGCCCAGCGCCUCUCCGCAACAGCCCUCGCUUCCUGCUGCGAAGAGGAGCGCUCUUCUUCCCGCGAGCUCGGGGCCGAGGCGCUGGAGGAGCUUUUCAUGGAGACAGCCACACCAUGCAACACAAUGCCAGCCGCUGCUCCUUCUCAGCCAGUUUCCGUAAUUGUUCUCCGUGAUGGCGAGCUGGCAGUCGGCAUUCUGCAGAAGGUAGUCCCCAAGCAUGGCUGGACGGCGCCGUUCUUGCAUCGGCGGGAUGGCGUCAGCUCUUUCGCCGUGCAGCUUUGCGAGGUCCGGGAAAGCGAUGGUCUCUUGACCCCCUGGGAGCCGACGGUCAAAGAGCAUUGGUACUAUGCUUGUGACUUUGUUUGCUUGGCGGCCUUGCAACCCGUGUUCACCCGAGGGCAAUGCCGUGGCAAGCACUUGCGCAGAGAGCGAAACCGGUGGAAGGUGGAUCCAGAAGGCCUGGAGAGAUGGCAGAAGAUGCAGGCCCUGCUUUCACAGGUGGGCUUGCACCACUGA